ACUUUUAGUUGUGAUCAAAAUUUUCGAGUGAUAAAAAGUUGACAGCUCUGCCGUCACCACCAUAUUCCAAACAAGCAGCAGCUUAUAACAGCGGACAGCCCAACCACAGACUCAUCGAAAGGAACAUCGAGCGAUCACUUGCGAAUUGCGGCUCAGUCUGCAUCUUCUCUCGAUUUAUCUGUCGUUGAUCCCAGCAUAAUUCGUGAUUCUGAUUUUUCUUUGAAAUUUACUAGUCUGAUUCGACUGUAAACCAGUUUCGCUGCUUCGAUCUGUGAUUCUAAACCUUCAAUGGUGAAUGAGAUCGAGGAGAAAAUAUUAUUUUGAAAGAAGACUGGCAAUUUUUGAUUAAAAAUUGAGGAAAUGUUGUCGAAUCAUUUCCAAAACGGUAUGGAAACUGCGAAAUUGGUGUGGUCUCGAUUGCCAAAUUCAGAAGAUGGAGAAUUAGAUGAGGUUGGAAUUUCAAAAAAGAAUGAUUCUAGUGGUGUCGAAAGCCUUGAUUAUGAAGUUAUUGAAAACUAUGCUUACCGAGAAGAACAGGAAAAGAGAGGGAGCCUGUUUGUUUGUUAUCAAGUGUCCUUGAAGUGGUUCCUCGCGCUGAUGAUUGGCAUUGGCACGGGGCUUGCUGCUAUAUUCAUAAAUAUCUCAGUGGAGAACUUUGCCGGAUGGAAGUUCGCAUUGACUUUUUCAAUAAUUCAGAAAUCAUAUUUUGCUGGGCUAUUGAUUUAUGUGUUAUUCAACUUGGCACUAGUUUUUUCUUCUGUGUAUAUAGUUACCCAUUUUGCACCAGCUGCAGCUGGAUCUGGUAUUCCAGAAAUAAAGGGUUAUUUGAAUGGAAUUGAUGUUCACGGCAUACUUUUAUUUAGAACUUUAAUUGGGAAGAUCUUUGGAAGCAUUGGUUCUGUAGGUGGUGGGUUAGCUCUUGGUAAAGAAGGACCACUUGUUCAUAUUGGUGCUUGUAUAGCUUCACUCCUGGGACAAGGUGGAUCUACCAAGUAUCAUUUAAGUUCAAGGUGGCUUCAAGGAUUUAAUAGUGAUCGAGAUCGCCGUGAUCUAGUAACCUGUGGAUGUGCAGCUGGAGUUGCGGCUGCUUUUAGAGCUCCUGUUGGUGGUGUCUUAUUUGCACUUGAGGAGGUUACAUCAUGGUGGAGAAGUCAGCUUAUGUGGCGUGUCUUUUUCACUUCUGCCGUUGUUGCUGUGGUUGUACGUAGUGCAAUGGCAUGGUGUAGGAGUGGAAAAUGUGGACAUUUUGGUGCUGGUGGCUUCAUAAUAUGGGAUAUAUCAGAUGGUCAAGAGGAUUACUCAUUUGCGGAGUUAUUACCAAUGGCAAUUAUUGGCGUGAUUGGUGGUCUUCUUGGGGCGUUGUUCAAUCAACUCACAAGGUAUAUUACUUAUUGGCGUCGCAAUUAUUUACACAAGAAAGGGGCUCGAGUUAAAAUUAUUGAAGUUUGUAUUAUUUCUAUAAUUACCUCGGCUAUUUCUUUUGGAUUACCACUCUUAAGGAAAUGUAGCCCCUGUCCUGCAUCAGAAGUUGAAUGUCCUAAUCCCCCAGGAAUGUAUGGGAAUUAUGUCAAUUUCUACUGUCGCAAUGAGAAUGAAUACAACGAUCUAGCAACCAUUUUCUUCAACACUCAGGAUGAUGCUAUAAGAAAUUUAUUCAGUGCAAAAACAAUACACGAGUUUAGUGCACAAAGCUUAUUGACGUUCUUGAUUAUGUUCUACACUUUGGCGGUGGUUACGUUUGGAACAGCUGUCCCUGCUGGUCAAUUUGUACCUGGAAUCAUGAUAGGAUCAACUUAUGGUCGUCUGGUUGGCAUGUUUGUUGUUAACUUCUACAAAAAACCUAAUAUCGAGGAGGGCACAUAUGCUCUUCUGGGUGCUGCCUCUUUUUUAGGAGGUUCAAUGCGUGUGACAGUGUCCCUUUGUGUCAUUAUGGUUGAAAUCUCAAAUAAUUUGAAGUUUCUUCCACUUAUCAUGCUGGUUCUCCUUAUUUCAAAGGCUGUCGGUGAUGCAUUCAAUGAUGGGUUGUAUGAAGAGCAGGCUCGGCUUAAGGGUAUUCCUUUGCUAGAGUCAAGACCUAAAUACGAAAUGCGGCAGAUGACUGCAAAAGAGGGUUGUCGGACUCGAAAGGUUGUCAGUCUUCCUCGUAUUGUCAAAGUUUCAGAUGUGGUUUCCAUUCUGAGAAGUAACAAGCACAAUGGCUUUCCUGUUAUAGAUCACACAAGGAGUGGAGAGACACUAGUUAUAGGACUGAUGCUUCGGAGUCAUUUAAUGGUGCUUCUUCAGUCCAAAUUGGAUUUCCAACAUAGCUCUUUACCUAAUGAUUCAAGAAGCGGUUCCCUCCCAAUAAGGCACAACAACAGUGAAUUCAUCAAACCGGUUUCGAGUAAAGGGCUUAGCUUUAAUGAUGUUCACCUGAGUGAGGAUGACUUAGAGAUGUACAUAGAUCUUGCUCCCUUUCUAAACCCAUCACCAUAUAUAGUUCCAGAAGACAUGUCUUUGACCAAGGUGUACAAUCUAUUCCGCAACCUAGGAUUAAGGCAUAUAUUAGUUGUCCCUCGGCCUUCUCGUGUUUUAGGUUUAAUCACGCGAAAGGAUUUGUUAAUUGAGGAUGAUGAUGAUCAUGAGACAGAACUUCAAUCGACUAGUGUAAGAGCUCAACACCGUAAUGGGCGUUCAGGAUCUGGAAGUGUAGAUGUGGAGCAGCCUCUUUUAAAUGGUCUUCUGGCGCAAAAUAAUUUAUAGCACUAACAUUGAUUAGAUUUUAGUAUUUCGUGAAGCUGGAAUUGUUAUUUGCAUCUCAAACAUUUUUGUGAAUUCCAUUUUUAUUUUUGUUCUCCUAUCCAAAUUUACAACUGCUUAAGAGGAUCCUGUAAAGCUCAUAGGGGCCUGUAUCACACGCAUUUAUGUUGUACAUUGUAUAAUUGUAUAGACAGAAAAGUCUGAUAGAAUGAAAUGAUAAAAUUAGUGCCUUCAAGAGCUUAGUAAACA